UUGUGUGUGUAGGUUGUGUGUCUCUCCCUCUCUCUCUCUCUCUUUAAAAAACAAAACCCAUGUGUAAAGUGCGUAAAUAAAUAAUAUUUACAAGAAAAAAAAAAUGAAUAUUAAUUAAUUAACUAAAGAACUCUUUGUAACGUAAAAUAAAAAAUUAUUUGUUUUGAUAGAUUUGUUAAAUAAAAAUGUCUAGUAACAAGUGCUCAUAACCAAUAAUAAUUUUAAAUAUAUAAUUAAAUAAUAUAUAUGCAAUGAUAAUAAUAAAAUUUUAAUUAAUAAUUAUUAUAUAAAUUAAUGAUAAAUAAUGGAUGUUGAAAGACUAGCAAUGUUUGCUGGAGUUGGUGUUGUUAUUGGUGUUGGUGCAUUUGUACUUUGGGGUCCAACACCAAGACCAAAACGAAGAGGUCAAAUAUCUGGUAUAACAAAUUUAGGAUAUACAUGUUUUUUAAAUUCUUUACUACAAGCCAUUGCUGCAUGUCCAUUUUUUAUAACAUGGCUUAAAGAACAAUCAUCAAAUAAAAAAACAACAAGUUUUACAAAAAAUUUAAUAUCUGUACUGGAACAAAUUAAUGGUUACUCAGAUAAUUUUUAUAAUGACAUUGCACCAGUUGAAAUAAUAACAUCACUUGGAAAAUUAUGGAAUUUUGAUCCAGGUCAUCAAGAUGCUCAUGAAUUAUUUCAUGUUAUAUUAACUGCUCUACAAAAUGAAACUGAAAAUUUAACACCACAACGUGGUUUAUCUGAUGCACUGCCAAUAUCACCACCAGUUGUAUCAGAUAUAAAAGGAUCAGGUGAUCCUUUAUCAUUUCGUAGUGUAUCCUGCAAUGACAUAACACAAUCAGGAUAUCCUUUACCAUCAAUUAGAUCAAAUAACAAAAAAAUUAAUAUUAAUUUAUCAACAAAAUCAAUUCCAUACUCUUCUUCAAUGUACAAUAAACCAGGUAUGAUAUUUGCAAGACCAUCAAAACUAUUAUUUUCAAGUGUAUAUGAUAGUCAACAAGAAAUAAGUCCAACAAAAGUUUGGAAUUCAAUAACAACAUUAACAGAAAAAAGUAAUACAUCUGUAUUGUCAAAUGAAACACAUCCAUUUUCUGGUUUUUUAACAAGUCAAUUAAAAUGUAUUAAUUGUAAUUUUAAAUCAUCAGUACGUUAUGAUAAACUUGAAACAAUAUCAUUACCAUUACCACCAGCUGGUGAUGUAUUAACAUGGCGUUGUCAUACACUUGGUGAAUUAUUUUCACGUCUUGUUACUAGUGAAAUAAUACAAAAUGUUGAUUGUGAUAAAUGUGGUACACGUUGUUCUGCAAUGAAAACAUUAACAAUUGGUAAAUUACCAAGAUGUUUAUGUAUACAAAUACCACGUACAACUUGGAGCUCAUCUGGUAUGCCAAUUAAACGUGAUGAUCCAGUUAUAUUUCCUGAAAUAUUUGCACUUGAUCCAUUUACAUUUAAUGAAACUACAAAACGUAAUGAUCAAGCUUCAUUACCAAUAAUGUUGGAUAAUCAAAAUAUGAAAAGAGCUAAACAUAAAUAUAAACUUUGUUCUGUUGUUGAACAUCGUGGUGCAGUUGAUGCUGGUCAUUUUGUUUGUUAUAGACGUGGUAAUCGUGUUGGACAAUGGUUUUAUACAUCAGAUAAAAUUGUUGAAAAUACAUCAAUAACAGAUGUACUAUGUGCCAGUCCAUACUUAAUUUUUUAUGAACGUAUUGUUGAUAUUUAAUUUAAUUUUAAAAAUAAACAAUCAUUAGUUAGAUAAUCAGUAUCAAGUAUAUUGCCAAAUAAAAUCCAAUAAUUGGAUCUAAAUUUAUUCAAACAUAAACUAGAUUUUUUUUUUCUUUUUAAAAAGAUUUGACUCAGAUUAGAAAUGACUGUGUAAUAAGUGUAAUAGUUCAAAAUAAUAUAAUCUUGUGAUGUUUGUUUUUGCCAUGCAGUGAUAAGCUGAAAAAUAAAUAUAAAUUUUUUUUAAACAAUUAUCAAAUCAUAAUUAAAAUAGAUAAUUUAUAUUGUUUAUUAUUAAUUUAUUAUUAAUAAUUUUAAAAAAGAACUGAUUUUUAAAAAUUAUAUUAUGUUACAAUGCUUAUUUCUAUGACAAAUAAAUAAAAUUAUUUGACUGUGUCAAUAAUUAAGUGAAUUUUAUAAUGAUAAAAAAUUAAAAAUUAAUUUUUAUUUCCCUU